CGAUGCAACCUUCCAAAAUACAAUCCCCAACAGAUCGAAUCCCACGUAUCCUACGUUUUCGCUACGUGCGUUCGUUCGUGUGCAUGCCACCAUUGACGCCGACGACCGGACGACGACGACGGCGGCGGCAUUGGCACCGCCGUCCAUGCCGUUCAACUUCGACAGACCGAGCAAGAUCGUCGGACUCAACUACGACGACGACCAUGUACUCCACGCCCGGGCCCUCCGGUUCGCGGUCACGCCGAACCCUUUCGGCGCCGGCACCGGCCAAAAGGACACGGAGGACGGCCGCCGGCUCAUCGCGGCCGUCGGCGCCGCCCUCGCGCGGCGUGCCGCCAACAGCGGCAGCGGCGACCUGGAGGAGCUCGAGAUCAACUUCGUCUACAGCUCCCCCCGGAACAGGUACAUCGACAUGGCGUCCGGGGGCUUGUACCUGUUCAGGCACGGCCACGCCGCCGACAUCACGUCGGAGCACGUCGCCGCUUGGCUGCGCUUCGGCGAGCGUCGCGUGACCGGGCGCUUCACGGUCGCCGUGCCCGUGCCGCCGCGGCACGCCAAGACGACGAAGACAGCAGCGACCGCGGAGGUGCCUGCGCCUGAGAGGAAGAAGUCGCUCUUAUCCGCCGCGAUGCCGGCCUCGGCGAGAGCCGAGACGAUGAGCCUCACCCUGGGGAACGCGACGCUCACCAUUCCGGUCGCCGGCGCUGGCGCCUUCGCCGCGCUCAGCGACCUCCUUCUCAGCCACGCGCGGAUCGAGCCAAACGGCGGCACCGACGAGCGCAACCUUGGGCGCCUGCUGUCGGCGUCCUGCUGCCCGCGCCUGCGCCGCCUCCGCCUCGCGCACAUCGCGGGGCUCUCCGCGCUCCGCUGCGGCGCCCCCGCGACGCUCGAGGAGGUCCGGCUGGAGCACGUCCGCGACAUGGCGAUGGCGUCCGACGACGCGGCGGUCGCCAUCUCGGCGCCGAGGCUCGAGACGCUGGCGUGCGCCGACAUGUGCCGCCCGGAACGCCUGCGGUUCGACGGCGUGGAGACCGUCCGGUGCCUCGACAGGAUCUUCCUUUGGUCGCACGGCCACCCCGUCGGCUACAGCAACGCCGGCGCCGUGUGGCUCCUCCGGAACUGCACCGCCGCCCACAGCCUCGGCGUGCACGUAUCGCCGCCCGUGGCAAAGAACUGGAGGGACAUGGAGGAGAUGAUGAGCCCAGUGCCACAACUUCCUAGAAUUACCAACUUGACCAUAGAUGCACAGUGGCAGCACCUUGAAUCAAGCAUUGCCAAACUCAUUGCAAAAUGUACUAGAAUCGAACGCCUUUCAAUUGACAUCUCCAAGCCCUGCGACCCGUGCUCUAAUCCUCGUUGUUUCUGCACUCAAGAAGGCCUCGGUUGGGAUGAGCAGAAGAUCCAUCUGGAGCGCCUUAACGAGGUGAAGAUCACCGGCCUACAGCCAUCAGAUAGCCAUUUAAGCCUUGUUGGACGCGUGAUUGCGAGCGCACCUGCGCUCAAGAGGUUCACCGUGGAGCUGUACAUUGGCAAGGAGCUGGACUGCAGCAGGAUCCCUUGCAACAGAGGGCAUUGGGCUCCUUGUGUGAGAGAUCAAGAACAAUCAUCCAGAAUUAGGGCCUAUAACAAAGUGUAUGAGUGGACACCGGAUAUAGGAGGGUAAGAAUACAGAGGAGUAGAGAUGAUGGUAGAAUAUUCUAUGCAGGGGUUUAGGUUUUGCAGGGUUUUCAUCUAUCAGUAAUAUUGUAUGGUUCAGUUUAGCUGUUAAAAUUGUUCUGGUUAGGAAGGAUUUGUG